AUGGACACCCCAGAUACUCAGCGCAUUGGUCAAUUACAACCCAUAACACUCCCAGCCUUUGCAGAUGACGCGGCAUCUCUUGCAGCCCAGCAGAGCUUAGGGGUAGGAGAUCCCGCGGAUGCAACGCAUACAUUCCACCCUCUCCAGUCGGACAUUGAGAAUCUACAGCACCAGCACCGGCAUCAUCCCCAGAAUGCAAUUUCUACAGACACCCGGGCUUUCCUGCGACCUCCGCGAACAGGGGAACCUGCUAAUAACCUCCUGAUAACGGAUACCCCGCAUCAUACUCCGACACAGCAAUAUCAACAGAUUAGAGAUAAUGAUACUGAUAACGGUCGAUUGGGCCAUCUUAAUCCCCAGCUCCAGCAGCAGAAUGAGUCUAACUUUGCACUUACAGCCGACAUGGCAAUCAAGCAGACAGACAACGGGAAGGACAUGAAAUGCAUUCCUCAUCCGCCUGAUCUGGAUUCGUGGAGAGAGAGGCUGUUCAAUGUAGACGGGACGAUUACCCUGAGUGAGGAACAAUUCUUAACCUACUUCCCUCACAUCGACAACGUCUACUCCCACCGCUCUACACAGCGCUACAAGCGCAAGCCUCUCGUCUCGCAUUAUUGGGACUGUCGACUCAAGGGCCGUCCACCAGGGACACCAAAAUCCAACGAUCCAAACAAAAAGAAGAGAAAACGCACCGCCCGACAGCGCGAUCUCUGUGAUGUCAAGAUCAAAAUCACAGAAUACUUUCCCGGCUUCGUCCCGGGAUUGACGCCAAAUGAUAUAGACCCAUCGUUUCCGUCGGAGUUGUUACCGGGUGUUCAUGCGCUGCUUGAUCACAGUGGGAAUGAGAAUGGUAAUGAUAGGGAGUCGCAGCCAUUUGGUAUACUCACGCCGAAUCCUUCACCACCGGAUGGCCAUGAUGGUUUCGCUGGGGAACGGUUCUUCACGAUUCAGCGGGUGAAUGGUAAUGGCGCGAAUGGGAAGAAUGAUGGCGUUGGAGGCGGUCAUCGGCAUACGCUGGAAGAGAGCGAUCGGGUGAAGAAGAAUAGUGUCCAGCGACGGGUUCUGAGUCAGGCGAGGGAGAGAAAGAGAUCGAGUCCGAUCAAAACUAUGGCUCGCCAACACCAAACGAGCCAAAAGACAUACCAUACCGAAGCCACCGGUACCGCUGCGCUGACCGCGCUCAAUCACAAGAAUGAAUGCGAUUUGAAGUUAUUUGGUAGUUGCUUCUGUCCAUUCGUGCAGCGGGUAUGGAUCGCAUUGGAGUUGAAAGGCAUCCCAUAUCAAUAUAUCGAGAUCGAUCCAUAUAAGAAACCGCAGUCGUUGCUCGAGGUGAAUCCCCGGGGAUUGGUUCCUGCGCUGCGACAUGGCGAUUGGGGGUGUUAUGAGAGUACAGUGUUGAUGGAAUAUCUCGAGGACUUGAAUGCCGGCACCCCACUUAUGCCGAAAGACGAUGCGAAGUUGCGCGCUCAAAGCCGGUUGUGGGCGGACCAUAUCAACCGCCAUAUCGUUCCCAAUUUCUAUCGCGUUCUGCAAGAACAAGACCAGGAGCAACAAAUCUCGAAAGCCCAGGAAUUGCGUGAGGGCUUCACCAAGUUGAUUGACGCCGCACAUCCCCAAGGGCCAUUUUUCUUGGGGCCCCAUAUCUCAUUUGUGGAUAUUCAAGUCGCGCCUUGGAUCCUUCGUCUUCGUCGCGUUCUCAAGCCCUACCGCGGAUGGCCGGAUCCCGAGGAAGGAUCUCGGUGGGCGACUUGGGUCAACGCGAUUGAAUCGAAUGAGCAUGUUCGAACGACGACCAGCACAGAUGAGCUGUAUUUGGACAGCUAUGAGCGUUAUGCUCAGAACCGUCCCAAUACUUCUCAGGUUGCAAAUGCAAUCAACUCUGGAAGAGGACUGCCUUGA